CCCCUGACUCUCCAAUUCUGUAAAUCUCUUACACCACUCAGAGCUUCCUCAAGAUCUUCCAGGAUGAAGAUGAUAUCGGUAUCAUGCAUUGUUAUGUUUCUCGUUUCACUGGUGAUUACACAUGCCAGGACUAUCGAGCCAGUUUUCAAAGAUGAAAGUGAAUCUUCAGUUUCAAGAAAUGCCGAGGCAGCACUGAACAGUUUAAAACUGUUUGAUGAAGCUCAUAAGCUCUCACUUGAAGCUUGCCUUGCUCUCCCCAUAGAUUUACAGGAUAAGUGUUUAAAGAAAUCAGGAGCUCAUCUGCAUGAAGCUAGAGCAAUUUUGCAAGAAUUUUUCAAAGAAGGCCAUCCUUGUAAUGGAACAGGAUUGUGUGCAAAAUCCGACUCUCAAAUUGAUAAUUACCUCGUUAUGAAUGAGCUCGAUGACGAGCUACGUGAUAAUGAGAAGGUUUGCUCAGUAUGUAAAAAGGCGGUCAGGGAGCUAAUUAGCAGGUUGAAGCAGCCUAAAAUGAGGUCAAAGAUAGUUGAGGCUCUUUUGGACUACUGUGAAGAAGCAGAUGAAGAUGAAGAUCAGUGCAAACGGAUGAUUUAUCGGUAUGGUCCUGUCAUCUUGCACAAGCUGGAGAAGUUCAAAGCAUCAGAGAUGUGCUCCAUGAUUGGAAUGUGUGAGGAGGAGAUAGCCAUGAAGAUUUAAGUCAAUUUGUAAUUAUCAAUUUCAUCUUUGUUCCUGUUUAAAAUAAGUGCGAAGGUGUUUCCUCUUGUCCCUUGAGAUGAACUAUUUCAUCCCCAAGAAUACUAGUUAAAUACACGUUUUUGCUGUUAUUAGAGUCAUGUAUGUAAUAUUGGAAUUUAUGGUAUAUAAUCCAUUUCAUAAGAGAUGCAAUUUCACUCAAACACCAUGUACUUAUUUGAAUAUGAAGCAAAGUGUACAAUCAAAUGGUUCACAGAAAAGAGAUCUUUUUACUCA